AUGGAAGAAGCGCUCGGUGGCUCGUUGCUCGAGGCUCUCGACAGCCAACAGCUCAACUGCUUAAAUGAGGGCGCGCCAUACACCCUCAAGAGCAUCCUCCAGGACAAGAAGCUCAACUCCUCAAGCAAUUACCUGCUGAGCGACGCUGACGAACAGCUUAUUCUUAAUGUUCCUUUCAACCAGGUCGUGCGCAUUCGCGCCCUAAUUAUCAAGAGCGCAGGUGAGCCCGAGCAGCGGCCGCGCAGGAUCAAGCUCUUCAUAAACCGCCCUACACUUGGCUUUGAGGACGCGACGGAUGCGAGAGAGCCUGAGGCAGCGCAGAUUAUCGAGCUCACCGAUGAGCAAGUUGCGGAGGGAAAGCGCAUACCGCUUCGCUUUGUGAGGUUCCAGAGUGUGAAUAGCCUGCACAUAUUUGUCGAGACGAACGGUGGAGACGACGCGACUCGCAUCGACGCGGUUGAUGUGAUCGGUGUUCAAGCACAGGGUACCAGAGACCUGAGCGGAUUGAAGGUCGUGGAAGACUAA